AUGGAAACUCGUGCAAAAUUUCGUGAAACAUUUGAAAAACCACUUGGAUGGUUUAAUUCAGUAAAAUUGGAAGAAGGUGUUUACUUUCAAGCACCAGAUGAUAUUACCAAACCAGAUUCACUGUAUUUAAAAUUUCAAAAUGUUUUAAAAGAAAUUAUUGAAAAGGAACCUGAAUUGGCUGAACAAGUAAAAAAUGGUGAAAAAGAUUUAGGAGUUUUAGAGAAUCAUGAAAAAGCUAGGGAAUUUCUUGGACUUGGACCACCAGUAACUUCACUAGUAACUUUACCAUCCGAACAAGAAGAAUUAGAAGAUUCUUAA